CGGUGUAUUGUUCAUGUACUGAAUUCGUUAAAGAUUCCGAAAUUUCGUAACGUGUUGCAAUAGUUUUUUGAUAAAUAUUAACUGAAACUGGGAAUAUUCUUUCAUGUUACGAUACAAGGGGUUCUCUCAAUCGUUUAGACAUAGAUUUUUUUUUAUGACAAUAACAAUUUCCAGUAGAAAUUCACAAUACUGAGGAUCAUGAGGUUAUGCCGGGAAAAAGCUAUGGGAUAUUAAAAAUACAUGACAUUGAGUAGAUUGUAGAUAUGACAGCAGCAUAUCAUUCACCAUUCAACGUAUUUCGUUGAGGGUGUGUCAAAACAGAGCUUUAGAAAAUAAUUAUAAAUGUAAGCAGUUUAUGUGAGUAUAAUAUGUUGUUGAGGACCUUUGUUAAAUUGGAAAGAUUGUUAAAUCAGAAUAGACAAUCUCGGGUCAGAAAUAUUGUUUCUUCCACUCAUCGCUACUGCUGGGCAACUACAGACGAUGAGAACAGAGUAAGCCUCCUUCAAGUGAAAAAAUCUAUCAAGGCUCUAGGUGUUAGUUACAUAGAUGGUCAUGCCUGCCUCACUAUAGACUGUCCAGUUUGUGCUGUCACAAAACAGAAGGAUCAACCAAGAGUUUUCAUCAAUAAAACAACAGGAUUCUUUAUCUGUGAUAACUGUCGACAUACCGGACCAUGGAAUCUCUUGGAGAAAUUUUUGACACCCAAGAAGACUGGAAAAAUAAUAAAGGAGCUUGCUGCUCUAAAAGAAACCAUGCCUGUCAAAGAGGACUUCAAGAAUAGAUGGGAGAAACUCACAAACCACUGUACUUUAGUUUCAGCUCUCAAGGAAAAAGAUUAUCAAGACAUGCUUAAUCAUUUAGCCAUUCCGCAAGUGCCUCAAGUUUCUCUCUCUACUUUAAACGGUGCUUAUGAUCUUGUGACAAAGACACUACAUCUUCCUUUGGUGGAUUCAAGUGGCCAUAUAGCUGGUUAUAAGUCGCUGACAGAAUGGUCAGAAACAACGACUCCGACUUCUAAGGCCGGAGGUUUGAUAAUCUACAAACAAAAGGGUGCGAGAUCUGAGGCUACAAAUACGGCAGUAGUAGUCCCGAGUGUUCAGGACUUGAUUGCCUUGGUUUCCCAAAAAGCAAUUGCACAUGUCAUCUGUCUUCCACAUGAAUUGAAAAAUUUGCCCCAACAGAUCUUGCCUUAUUUAGAAUCUUACAAAAAAUUAAUAUUAUGGUUUGGAAACGAUGAAACGAGUUGGGACACAGCUAGAAACUUUGCAAAAAAGUUAGAUGAGCAGAGAUGCUUCUUUGUUAGACCAACUGGAAAUCAACCAAGCCCAAGAACCGCAAUCCAUUUUGGAUACGAUCUCAAAACUAUACUACAGAAUGCUCAACCAAUAUGGCACAAAAGCAUCACGACAUUUCAGAGCCUAAGGCAGGAUGUUCUGAGUGAUUUACAGAAUAUUGAUCGUGUUCAGGGUAUCAAGUGGAAGAGAUUCCCAGCUCUGAAUAAAACUUUGAAAGGACACAGGAAAGGAGAAUUAACAAUCCUGACCGGGCCCACAGGAAGUGGUAAGACGACCUUUAUGAGUGAAUAUUCGCUCGAUCUUGCAAUGCAGGGGGUAAAUACACUUUGGGGAAGCUUUGAGAUCAGAAAUGCAAGACUUGCUAGGACGAUGCUACAGCAGAUGGCUGGUAUUCCUUUGGAUAUAAAUUUAGACAGUUUCGAUUUGCAUGCAGAUGCAUUUGAGAAAUUGCCAGUAUAUUUCAUGACUUUCCACGGACAGCAAAAUGUCAAGGUUGUCAUGGAGGCCGUUGAACACGCAACAUACGUUCAUGACAUUGCUCAUGUGAUAAUUGACAAUGUUCAGUUCAUGAUGGGAAUGUCAGAUGAACAGAAGCACAUGGACAGAUUUUGGAAACAGGAUGCUGUUAUCGCAUCCUUCCGAACGUUUGCCACAAAAUUCAACUGCCAUGUGACUCUUGUAAUUCAUCCGCGGAAAGAAAGAGACUCAGAAGAUUUAACGACAUCCUCAAUUUUUGGUGGAGCAAAAGCCAGUCAAGAAGCAGAUAACAUUCUUAUAAUUCAAGAUAAAAGACUAACCAGCGUCAGAGGCAAAAAAUACUUACAGGUGACUAAGAAUCGAUACAGUGGAGACUUAGGUAUCAUGAUGAUGGAUUUCGACAAGGCCAGCUUGAGUUACGCUCCGAAAAAAAAAUCCAAAGUAGAAGAAGAAACAAUGCAAACACGACCAGACUCGACAAAUCCAAAAGUUAAUUGAGUUUAGAAAUCACAACGGAUGAAAAACCAGAAGUAUCAUGAUCGAUUGUUGUUAUUUUUGUACUAUCUGUUAGUAAAAUAUUUAACUUUUCCAUCGUCUUGAUUAUUUCGUUAUAUCGGAUGUGAUCUGAGGAAAAAUAGAUGAUGCAUA